GUGGGUGUCGGGCGGGCCAGCAGCUGGACAAGCAAGCAAGCAAGCAAGCCAAUAAUGGCGUCUCACUCUCAUCGGUCCCGGUCUCCCACGGCGCCCUGUCCCAGCUGGGGGCACGCCCACGCGCCGCGGUGCCGGCGGCGGCUCGUCCGGGCACUGCUGCUCGUAGCGGCGCUGGCGCUGGCGGCGGCAGGUGGUGGUGGUCGUGGCUCCGCGGCCGCCGCCGCCGCCGCCACCCAGCAGAGGAUCCCGGCCAUCUUCAUGUUCGGCGACUCCAUCGUGGACCCGGGCAACAACAACAACCGGCUGACGGAGGCCAAGGCCAACUUCCCGCCGUACGGGCAGGACUUCCCCGGCGGCGUCGCCACGGGGAGGUUCUCCAACGGCUUGGUCCCCGGGGACCUCCUAGCUUCCAAGCUGGGCAUCAAGGAGCUGCUGCCGCCGUUCAUCGGCACCGACCUGCAGCUCGAGGACCUGCUCACCGGCGUGGCCUUCGCCUGCGGCGGCAGUGGCUACGAUCCGCUCACGUCCAAGCUCGCGACGACCCUGUCGAGCGCCGACCAGCUCCAGCUGUUCCAGGACUACAAGGAUAAGCUGGCGGCCCUGGCCGGGGAGGAGGAGAUGGAGCGGGUCGUCUCGCAGGCCGUCUACUUCACGGUGAUGGGGGCAAACGACAUCGUAAACAACUACUUCAUCCUCCCCAUCAGACGCCACCAGUACGACCUCUCGUCCUACGUCGACUUCCUCGUCUCCUCGGCGAUCAACUUCACAAGGACUCUGAACGACAUGGGAGCUCAGAGGAUAGCGUUCCUCGGCGUGCCGCCACUAGGAUGCUGCCCGUCACAGAUCACGCUCGCGGGGAGCCCGUCGCGCCAGUGCGAUCCUGCUAGGAACCAGGCGUCGGAGCUGUACAACUCCAGGGUCUCCAAGGAGAUAGAGCGCCUCAACGCGGAGCGAAGCGGUUCAGGCUCCAAGUUCGUCUACGUCGACAUAUACUACAACUUGCUCGACCUCAUCCAGAAUCCAGCUUCGUACGGUUUCAAGGACGUGAGCGAGGGUUGCUGCGGCAGCACGGUGCUGAACGCCGCCAUCUUCAUCGCGUACCACAGCGCGUGCCCCAACGCGCCCGACUACAUAUUCUGGGACGGAUUCCACCCCACGCAGAAGGCAUACGACAUCGUGGUGGACAAGCUCAUCCAGCAGAACUCCAAGUACCUGAUGAUGUGAAGACAGACACUUGCUGCUGCAUGGCACGAGGGCUCUACCUUUCCCCGUACAAACACACGGCCUGACGUCGACCAUUAUUCAUGGACGACUCCCCACAUGGCAGUGGCAUUUGCCAAAUGUAUGAUACAUAUUAACAUAUAAAUAUACUAUACAUGCCUGUGCGCCAAUAUCA